GCUUCAUAUACAAGUGCUAUUUGAGAGAAAAUGAAGAUGUUGUUAGUAUUUUCUGCUUUAACUGUGAUAGCAGUAUGUCAACCAGUCUACGACUUUGUUAACUUUGUGAAUCGUCCCUAUGUUUUCAGUAUAAGUACUGAAUCACCUGUCGGAUCUAGAUUGGGUAGUCUCCAAGCAUACAGCAUGACCGGGAAAGCUGUGAAGUACUCCAUCGUGAGUGGUGACUCAACAUACUUCAACUUGGAUCCUACAACCGGCGAAAUCACUGUUGCUCAAUCCUUACCAAAAGACAUAGACUCAUUAGAGUUUGAAGCUCAGGCUGCUACUUCAGAUGCUACUUCAGAUGCCAUGGACAGAACUCGUGUAACUAUCUAUUGUAUCCGGGUAUAACAAAUGAUAUAAAUGAAUAAAUGCUUGAAUUCAAAUGUACAUGUAGUUUGCCUCUUUACAUACUGUAUAAAAUGAAAUAAAUACUUACUUUUACUUGUUUCAUAAAUAAAAAAAUAAAAACAAUAAAAUAAAAUAAAACAACAACAAGAUCAGACAACAAGAUCUUCCAACAUUGCAGUGUCAUAACUUAUUCUCUGUAUGUGGGCCGUUGAUAUGUCUCACGAUAUAAUGGUCU